AUGUCCAAUCACCUCCACAACGAUUGCCCGCCAAGCUACGAUGCAUCACAACAAUCUUGGGGGAUGUCCGACACUCAGCCACAGACCGAUGCUUCAGCCUCAGGCAACCCUCCAUAUCACAACUGGCAAGAAAUAGUCCCAGACACAGCCACAUUCCCACCUCCCCCAAUCACCGGCUAUCUAACCUCAGGCACGGGGAACGCCUCUGAAGAUGACGCCCAACGGGCCCAUGAUUUCUGCGACUCCAUACCCCUCUGGCUCCCAACUCAGCCCUCAACUGCUGUCUACCACGACGUUCAGACCUACGAUCUUCGACCCGUGCAACCGGCCGAGCUGCGUGGCAAUGUCUCGGCUGUUGCGCGUGGCCGCUGGCGUGGACACAGCGUUGACGGGAACGGGGAUUGUGUCGUGCUUACCCAAUUGCCCAUGUACUUCCCUGCUGCGGAUUCGCCGUUUGUGCGUGAGCUGAAGAAGACCAUCUACUUUGAGAUUAAGUUGGUGGCGCUGAGGGCGGGGCCAACACCAGAGGAUUGUAGUGGAAUCUCGAUUGGGUAUGCUGCGCAGCCUUAUCCGUCGUGGAGAUCGCCUGGUUGGGAACGAGGUGGGCUGGGGGUGUUUUCAGAUGAUGGAUGUCGAUUUGUGAAUGAUUCGUUUGGGGGCCGGGAUUUUACCACGGUGUUCAAGGUGGGUGAGACGGUUGGGUUGGGAAUGGAGUUUGAGCUGCCGGAGAAUAUUUACAGUGGGGAUAUAAAGAAGAAGAGAUGCAAGGUGCAGAUCUUCUUGACGCGGAAUGGAUGUCGAUCUGGGGGUUGGGAUCUGCAUGAGGAGGUCGAUGCGGAUUCGGGGGGCGUUGAGGGCUUGGAAGGGGACUAUGACCUCUAUGGGGCGAUUGGGUUGUUCGGUGGCGUCGAUUUCGAGUCUUGUUUUGACCCUGCAGGAUGGCUAUGGAAGCCAUGA